GCGCCUCCCAAGUAGCCCGCGUAGCACUCAACCAACUUUGCUUUUGAUGAGUCAGGCAAAAGGUGAAACAAAAAGUGAAAAAUAAAUGUAAAGCAGAACGCAAAUUUAAUAAGCAAUAAUAUUUUAAGAACAGUUGCCAAAAAAUCGUAAAACUAGGCAAGUUCAAAGUACAGUUAAUGUUGAUGUCCGGAGCAUCGUAAAGUGUUAACCGUUAAGUUGUGUGCAUAAAAUGGUUAAGAUGCUCGACCUGGACCGCCACGCUGACUGCCCCCUGUGGGCGGCAUUGGCCUCCUCCGACGUGCCCUGGACGGGCAUGCACUAUGCCUGCCUCAAUGUGCUCAGCGUCUACUGCAAGGUGUUCGAUAAAAAGGAAAUUUACGAUCUCAUUGUGAGGAAAACCUGCCAAUCGUGCAAAUGUCCACGUGAGGCGCAUGCCAUUUACCAGCAACAGACGACGAAUGUGCACGAGCGACUCGGCUUCAAGGUAGUUUCGCCGGCAGAUUCGGGCGUGGAGCCGCGAGAUCUGGGCUAUACGUGGGUGCCGGCAGGCGUGCGUGUCUCGUCGCGCGUGAAUCGCUACUUUGACCAGCUGCCGGAUGAGAAGGUGCCACGGCUGGGCAGCGAGGGAGCGCGACUGCGCGAGCAGCAGAUCGCCUAUCAGCUGCCCAAGCAGGAUCUCUCGCUGGAGCACUGUCGGCAUUUGGAGGUGCAGCAUGAGGCAUCGUUCGAGGACUUUGUGACGGCACGCAAUGAAAUUGCAUUGGAUAUAGCCUACAUUAAGGAUGCGCCCUAUGAUGAGCACUGUGCGCAGUGCGAGAACGAGAUAUCUGCUGGCGACUUGAUUGUGGCCGCGCCCAAAUUUGUGGAGAGCGUCAUGUGGCACCCCAAGUGCUUCACGUGCAGCACCUGCAACGAGCUGCUAGUGGACCUCACCUACUGUGUCCACGACGAUAAGGUCUACUGUGAGCGCCAUUACGCGGAAAUGCUGAAACCCCGCUGCACGGGCUGUGAUGAGUUAAUUUUCAGUGGCGAAUACACAAAGGCCAUGGACAAGGACUGGCACUCGGGUCACUUCUGCUGCUGGCAGUGCGAUGAGAGCCUAACUGGACAGCGUUACGUCAUCCGGGACGAUCAUCCCUAUUGCAUCAAGUGCUACGAGAACGUCUUCGCCAACACGUGCGAGGAGUGCAACAAGAUAAUUGGCAUCGAUUCGAAGGAUUUAUCGUACAAAGACAAGCACUGGCACGAGGCCUGUUUCCUCUGCUUCAAAUGCAAUUUGAAUCUGGUCGACAAGCAGUUUGGAGCGAAGGCCGAUAAGAUCUAUUGUGGCAACUGCUACGAUGCGCAGUUCGCGUCCCGUUGCGACGGCUGCGGCGAGGUAUUCCGUGCAGGCACCAAGAAAAUGGAAUACAAAACCCGGCAGUGGCACGAGAACUGCUUCUGCUGCUGCGUCUGCAAGAUGGCCAUUGGCACGAAGUCGUUCAUACCGCGUGAGCAGGAGAUCUACUGCGCCGGCUGCUACGAGGAGAAGUUUGCCACGCGCUGCAUCAAGUGCAACAAUGUCAUCACCUCUGGGGGCGUGACCUAUAAGAAUGAACCGUGGCAUCGCGAGUGCUUCACGUGCACCCACUGCAACAUCACGUUGGCCGGGCAGCGGUUCACUAGCCGCGACGAGAAGCCCUACUGUGCCGAGUGCUUUGGCGAGCUGUUCGCUAAACGUUGCACCUCGUGUGUGAAGCCCAUUACAGGCAUUGGCGGCACUCGCUUCAUUUCGUUCGAGGAUCGGCACUGGCAUCACGAUUGCUUUGUCUGUGCCAGCUGCAAGGCCAGCUUGGUGGGACGCGGCUUCAUCACCGACGGCCCCGACAUCCUGUGCCCCGACUGUGCCAAGCAGAAGCUGAUGUAA